AUGAAUCCUCCUAACUUCACCGGUUCAAGUGUCACUCAGGAUCCGGAAAACUCUGUGGAAGAGUUGGAGAAGGAUGCCGCUAGAAUCUGGUUUGACCAAUGGAAGAAGAAUAGAGUUGAAGGUGCACCAAUUGUGAGCUGGGCGGUAUUUCAGAAGGCCUUUUUGGGGUUUUUAUUUCCCCAUGAACUAAGAGAGGCCAAGGUAGGGGAAUUCCUCACUCUUAAGCAGGAAUUUAUGAGCGUACAUGAGUACAGCCUUAAGUUCACCCAAUUUUCCCAUUAUGCCUCAGAGAUGGUUGCUGACAUGAGGAGCAGAAUGAGUUUGUUCGUUGCUGGGUUGUCUCAUUUGUCAAGUAAAGAGGGUAAGGCUGCAAUGUUGAUAGGGGACAUGGACAUAUCUGGGCUGAUGAUUCAUGUGCAACGGGUUGAGGAUGAAAAGCUGAGGGAUAGGAACAGAGGUGAGUUCAGAGUCAGAAUUCACAGAACUUCAGAGCUAGACAUGCAAAGUUGGAAGGCAGUGUGGCACAAGGAGUGUGGUCAAAAUGGUCACUUCAUGAGAGAGUGCCCAAAGAACAGGAAAGGUAGUGGUAAUGGGGAAAAUAUAGCCCAAUCUUCUUCAGUUGCUCCACCAGACAGAGCUACACCUAGAUGGGCUACUUAA